AUGCGUGUCGAAGGAAGAGAUUUGGUCGAUCUUGUGCUCUCUUGGUCUCUUCAAGAAGUACUCAAUGUGGAACUUUACAAAGGACAGGUUCGAAAGAUACCUACUGAGUUUGCCUCAACCGCAGACUACUUCAAGUCGUUUAUUCCACCGCUUAUCGAAGAAACGCAUACAGCUCUACUCUCGAGCAUGAAGACAUUGUCAAGAGCACCAGUGGUUGAGAUAAGCUACAUUAUGCCAACAGCUGAGUUCAAGCUUCCUAAAGACUUGUUCUAUAAAGUUUAUUUGAGUGGAACGAGUGGUAAUACGGUUACUGAUGAGACAACUACGCAGUUGAUACCGAAAGAUCUCAUUGCGGUGACAGAUAAAAGGCCGAACCAUCGCGUCGAUGGCGGCUUCAACAUCUCCAACGAGCCUUAUGUACCUGCUAUGGUGUGUAAGGCAGAUCCAGACAGGCCUAAUGUCGUCACUAUCUUGGCAUCAAAACCUCUUUUUCUUGAUGAUUUCGAAAGCAACAGCAAGAACGAGGAAAGACCGAGCCUUUUCGGUGUUUACUUGACGAAUAUCACCACUAAUGUCCGUAUCUGGACCGCCUUGCAUCUUGGUUUAUCAAAUGGGAACUUGAAUCUUUACUCAAGAGUGCUUCAAAGGAACAGUGAGGAUGAUGAUGAUGGAGUUUGCAUUCCCUGUAGACUUGAAGGAAGCGAUGGUCUUGUUCCUCGUAGUUUCCUAAAGCUGAAUCCUUCACAAGAAGAUGCGAUUCUGAGCUGUUUAGACGCUAGACGAUGCCACCACGAGAACACGGUUAAACUGAUUUGGGGUCCUCCAGGGACAGGGAAGACGAAGACAACGAGUGUGAUGCUUUUCACGCUUUUAAAUGCGAAAUGUAGAACCUUGACAUGUACUCCAACGAAUGUCUCUGUUCUUGAAAUUGCGUCAAGAGUUGUGGAGCUAGUCACUAGAUCGUUAAAGAUUGGUAGAUACGGUGCUGGAGAUGUGGUUUUGUUUGGGAAUGGUGAGAGGAUGAAGAUCAAAGAAAGAAGAGAACUUGUUGAAUUCUUCUUGGACGAGCGGGUUGAUAAGCUUUACCCUUGUUUCAUGCCCUUUUAUGGAUGGAGAGCUAGUAUUGAUUCUAUGAUAAGCUUACUGGAAGACCCUCAAGGACAGUAUCAUCACUACUUGGAGGACCAGAAGAAGAAAAGCAAAGUUGCUUGUGACUUUGAAGAAGAACAAGAAGGCCCUGAGUCAUUUCAAGAAUAUCUACCAAAGAGAUUCAGUGAGCUUAGGAAAGAUCUUGAGCUUGUUUUCUCAAGUUUAUGCACACAUUUGCCUACUUCUCUGCUCUCAUCUGAAGCCGCAGCGCGAAUGUAUGAAAGUAUUGAACUUGUCAGAGAUGCUACAGUUUUAGCUAUACCAGAUGGUGAUGAAGGAGUGAAACCAGUCCUCAUUGUUAAUGGAGAAAGAAGUGAAAGGUUCAGCAGACCACAACACGCGAGAGUAGAGACUUAUUAUCUAAAGCUGUUGAGACUCAUCCCUGAGAUUUUCAAACUUCCAGGUGUAGCUGAUAAGCAUCUUAUCAAAGAGCUUUGCUUGGGACACGCUUGCUUGCUUUUCUCUACUGCAUCAUGCUCUGCAAGAUUGUAUACAGGAACACCGAUACAGCUUCUUGUGAUCGAUGAAGCUGCUCAGUUAAAAGAAUGUGAAACAGCUAUUCCCUUGCUCCUUCCAGGAGUCCAACACUCAAUCUUGAUUGGAGAUGAGAAACAGCUUCCUGCAAUGGUCGAAAGUCAGAUUGCUUUAGAGUCAGGAUUUGGGAGGAGUUUAUUUGAAAGAUUGGUCAUUCUUGGACAUAGGAAGUACUUGCUAAACAUUCAAUAUAGGAUGCAUCCAUCUAUAAGUAUCUUCCCGAACAAAGAGUUCUAUGGAAUGAAGAUUCAAGAUGCUCCAACGGUAAGACAAAGAAACUACACAAGGCAAUAUCUUCCUGGAAAACUGUAUGGGACUUACUCUUUCAUUAACAUUCCAUAUGGAGAAGAACAAUAUGGUGAAGGACGUAGUCUUAAAAACAAUCUUGAAGUUGCUGUUGUCUCGGAUAUAGUAGCCAAACUUCUCCAAGUUUCGGAGAAGACAAAGUUACGCAUAAACGUUGGUGUGAUCUCUCCUUAUAAAGCUCAAGUAUUUGCAAUCCAAGAAAAGAUUCAAGAAACAUGCAGCGGUGGUGAUGCAGGAGGACUCUUUUCGGUUAGGGUUCGUUCAGUUGAUGGGUUUCAAGGUGGUGAAGAAGAUAUUGUAAUAGUUUCAACUGUUAGAUCCAAUGGUAUUGGAAGAGUUGGUUUUCUUGCAAACCGUCAAAGAACAAAUGUAUUACUCACUCGAGCAAGGUUCUGCUUAUGGAUACUUGGAGAUGAGGCAACUUUGAUGAAUAGCAAGUCUUUGUGGAGGAAUUUGAUACAAGACGCAAAGCAACGAGGCUGUUUCCAUGAUGCUGAAGAAGACGAGUCAUUAGCUAGGGCUAUUGCUAUUGCGAAAAUCGAGUUUAUUGAUAGGCGAAUGAACAAUUCAAAAUGGAAGGUUUGCUUCAGCAACGAGUUCAAGAAAUAUGUGGGAGAAAUCAAGAACCCGGAGACUUACCGGGAAAUAAAGAGUUUCUUGGAAAUGAUGUCACAAGGUUUGCUUCAUGAAGAAAACUCGGAUAGAGACAAACUAGUUUCUUCUUCUUCUCAGCUGUUAAAGCAAAGCAAGAUCGACGAUUUUCUAAGGCUCAUUUGGUCUGUAGACAUUGUUAAAGAAGGGUUUCACUAUGUCCAAGUUCUGAAGAUUUGGGAUGUUGUGCCAUCAUAUGAUGCUUCUGAAGCUGUAAAACGUCUAGACGUAAAACAUAUGAGAUAUACAAGAGACGAGAUUGAACAGUGCAAAGCCAGAUGUUUCAGAGGGGAUAUAGUUGUGCCCUUGAGAUGGUCUGUUGUGUCUACUAAUGGUAGCUCGAUGAUUUGUUCAAGGGAAGUUGUGGGUAGGUUUGGAUCACUCAACCAUGUGGGAGAAACAGUAACUUCUGAACCUUCCAAUGACUCUUGGGAACCUCUAGAUGAUGAAAUGGAAGAGCAGGAUACUGAAUUAGACAGAUUAAGCAAUCUUUUUAGCUCAAAACUUGCUCUGUGA